AUGGAGAUAGAAGAACAAAAAGGCACAGAAAAUGCAGUAAAAGAUGAAAGUGUGAAGCAGCCAGGGUCUGUCAAACCACCACCAAACAUCAUAGAGGAAGAGGACCCAGAUAAACACAUGGAGAGAGAGGCACUAAACAGGAGGAAUGCUUGGGAGCCCAGCACCUUCUAUUCCCUUGGGAAAGAAACCUUUUUCUUCACUGGCCAGGAGAUCAGCAUCCGGGAAUCACUCGACUCUUAUGGUGCCGUCAUCUGGCCGGGCGCUGUGGCUCUUUGCAAGUAUUUGGAGAAGAACCGGGAACAGAUUGAUCUGAUGGAUAAGGCAGUACUUGAACUUGGAGCAGGAACAGGCUUGGUGUCUAUUGUGACAAGUUUACUGGGUGCCUGGGUCACAGCCACUGAUCUCCCUGAGGUCCUGAACAACCUGAACUUCAACCUUUCUCGAAACACCCGAGGCCGUUGCAGGUACACACCUCAGACAGCUGCUCUGAACUGGGGUCAGGAUGUCACGCGUCACUUUCCAACCACUGUGUACCGUUACGACUACGUGCUGUGUGCAGACGUGGUCUAUCACCAUGACUUUCUGGAUAAUCUACUUAUCACUAUGAAGCACUUCUGCAAGCCAGGCACCAUACUAUUGUGGGCGAAUAAGGUAAGAUUCCAGUCAGACCUGUGCUUUACAGAAACCUUCAAAAAUGCUUUUAACACCACAUUGCUUGAAGAGAUCCCACAUGAGGAGGUAUGGAUCUACCAGGCUACAGCAAAGAAGUGAACAAAGCAAGAAAGAAGAGACAGAACUGUGUACUGUUGGGUCCAUAUAUUAUAAAACAAUGGGCCCAGCAACAUUAAAGGGAGAGUGCGCCACCUGUUGGCUGGGAUGCAGAAUCACAAGGAAUGAAGCUGACUGCUGUGAAACUGACAACAGGAUCCUAAGCCCGGGAUUUAAUAUACACUGUCCAUCCAAAAA